CCGGCGAAGGGAGUGUCAUUGUGGCCACGCUCAAGGUGCAGACCACGCCUUGCACAGUCAGCCUGAUAUAUAACGGGGCGCCGCGACGGGAGCGACAUCAACUCCCCAAGUCGCAAGCAGUGAACACCAUGGGCAAGACUGUGCUCCUCGUGCUGUCGGUGCUGGUGCUGGUGGCCGCCGCCCUGGCAGACCCCAAUCCUGAGCCUGAGCCUGGAUACCUCAGCCGUGGGUAUGGCGGAUUUGGUGGAUUCAGAGGAGGCUUCGGAGGCUUUGGUGGCUACAGAGGCGGAUUUGGAGGCUACGGUGGAGGCUAUGGCGGCUACAGGGGCGGCUACGGUGGCUAUGGCGGAUAUGGUUAUUACGGUUAACUUCAGCGCUCAGCCAGCGAACGAAAGAAAAUGAACAUUCUCCAUUACUUCAAGAUAAUAGGGUGAUAAAAAAUGUGCGUAGAGAAAUAAAUGAUUGGAUUGUU